CGCCAGUCGCAGCGCCGUGUUGCCUUAUUGUGUAUUGGCGAGCGUAUAGGAGAACGCAAGCACGAGAGCGAGUGGCACUGGCGCGGCAAUAAAAGCGGGCUCUUCGGGAAAAGGAAAAUUUGGCAGCUGCGAGCAGCGCGUGAUCGGGCGUAAGAGGCGUAGAGUCGGCGCAGCGACGGCUCGCGGCUUCGUUGUCGGAGCUGCGGUCCGCGCGCGAAAGGAUCGCACGAGCCGCGUGCCACGGCUGGUGACGGCAGCGUCGCGGGCAUCCUUCCCUCGAGCAGCUCGGUAUAGCUUGUGGUCUUUAAAAUACUCGGCUCGUCCGACGCCGCGUGCCAGUCGCGUCCCGACGUUCGACCAGCUCGCUCGCGCUACUUUUCCUUGCCCCCGCGCUGCCCGGCCCCCCUUCGCCGUACAGCGUCCGCCCUGACGGGAAGUGUGCGUGUGUAGGGCGCGCAGAGUCAGAUCGAGCGUUUCGCUCCCGUACGCAUGGGUUUGUGAAGUGAGCGGAGAGCGAAGUGGUGCAAGCGCCUGCAGCUGUCGAAAUCAUGAUUCACCCGGCCGUUCAUUCUUCUGCCGGUCUUUCUAAUCGCCGCCGUGCCGCGAUUAGCUGCGCUGUGCUUCAGGCGCUUUUGUCCCUCGCUGGCUGCGACUGCGACUCUCGCGGUCGCCGGUUAAGAUUCAGCGAGAGCCGGUCGUUAGAGAAAGUACAUCGAUCACCGAUGUCCGCGCGCGCAACAAGAAAAUAAAAGGAACAUUUUCGCUUCGAUGGCUUUCACGUGGUCAAGCGAAAAAACGAGGAGAAGAAAGGACAGCCCGACGACUUUGCGGUACCGUAUACGACGGCCGACGCGUCGACAGUCCACUGGCAAGGUCGCAUCGCCGAAACUUGCUCGCGCGCCGAGAAAAGUCAAACAAUGGGAAAGCGGCGUUACGACAACGUCCGCGCGACCAGUGCAUUCGUACGUUGGGCGCAGCGACCGCGAAAGGAGAUCCGAAUCUUUCGCGUCGCACGCCCGUAUAAUGCGCGCUACUCCGCCGUUGGACUUGGCCACUUUUUGCCGCACACCCGAGCAUUCCGCAUCUCCUCUUGACGUUGUUUCGCUGUUUGUUUGUUUUCACCCGGCAGCGGCCGCAGCCAGUAAAGGACACAUCGACUUCGGCUACAACGGUCUGCACGGUCCGGAGCACUGGGCCGAGGACUACGACAGCUGCUUCGGCAAGCAUCAGUCGCCGAUAAACAUCGAGGAGCACGACGUGCGCGACGUCGAGCUGCCGACGCUGCGCUUCGACGGGCUCGAGCUCGCGCGGCGGCUGUACAUGGCGAACAACGGCCACACGGCGAUGCUGCACUCGACGGCCGACGCCGGCAAGGCGCUCAUGUCGGGCGGCCCGCUGAACGGCAGCUACGCGUUCGAGCAGCUGCACUUCCACUGGGGCGAGAACGACUGGGAAGGCUCGGAGGACCUCAUCAACAACCACUCGUUCGCCAUGGAGCUGCACGCCGUGUUCUACAAGGACGACUACCACUCGAUGGGCCAAGCGCUACGCCAUCCCGACGGCCUGGCCGUCAUCGCAUUCUUUUUCGAGGUACCCCCCUCGUCGUACGCCAGCGUAUCUUUCGACGAGGACGGCAACGCCAACCCGGUGUUCGACCUGCUGGUGGCGGGCUUGCCAAAGAUCGAGAAAGUUGGCACGGAGAUCGAGUUGCCCGAGAGCUUGCGGCUCGAGCGUCUGCUGAAUCCGGCCGACGGUGCCAAGGACAGGAUGCAGAAUUACUUCACGUACAACGGCUCGCUCACCACACCGCCCUGCUCCGAAGUCGUCACCUGGAUAGACUUCAAAGACCCCCUCUAUCUGUCUCACGCUCAGUUGGCGGCGUUCCGCAACAUAAGCAGCUCCGAGGGCCACAAGCUCACGCACAACUUCCGACCGGUGCAGCCGCUGUCCGACCGACUGGUUUAUCACAACCUGCCGAGGAGACUGACCGGAGAGAAACCGAGCAGCGACCUUCGCGCCCCGAAGAAGGCUGAGUGGCAAAACUCGUCCGCUCGCUCGCUCGCGGUCGACGUGCUUUCUCUACUGGCCGCGCUCUGCUUCGUCGUCGCACGCCACGCCACGCUACAUACCUAGUUUCCUCAGCUCGAUUAUUAUUGGCGAGCUGUCAGUCUGUUGCGCGUGCAUGCGACGGCUUAGAGGCUAAAUUGUGAUGCAUACGGGUACGUGACAACGCGUACUUGUCAAUAUCGUCAAUAUCCGCGUCACGGACGAGGUCUUUCGAAAUAGAAAAUUGAAAAUUGUGAAAGUAACCAGGUUCGUUUUUUUUUUCCAACUGAUUUAACUUUACAGCAUUUGCCUCUUUUAACCGAAAACAUGCAAUUUAAGCUUUUCUUCCGAGCUCCACACUUUGCCCAGUGGAAAACGUCCAUGUCGAAAGAUAAACCUGUUUGCUGAUCUGUCAAUUAUUGUGUUCUCAAUAGUACUUUUUUUGGUGAAAUUCAAAUGGAUCUGAAAUUCUGUGGUCCAAAAAAAUUAUCUCGUAUACAGAUUUCAGUCACUUUCAAAAGAGAAUUUGAACGGAAAAUUUUUUUUUACGAUGUAAGCUAAAUAAUUCGAAUGUAAAAACAAAGCUGUUGAUUCAAAGUUCCUAUAGUAAAAAAUAAGCUUUAAAUUUGUAUAAUAAAGUAAUUGUCGCAGUAUUUUAAUAAUUAAUAAACUCAAUAACAAUAAUAUAAUUAGAAUAUUACAUGUAAUAUUGACCUAUUAAAUAAAAUU